AUGACUUUUUCAAAGGACAGCGAAGUUGUUGCUAAUGAAUUCAAAAAUUUUCUUGCAUCCGUGGGCAAGAACACAGCCGAGAAAGUCAAUUCAAUGGCAGAGCAAUUCAACGUCUUUGUCCCUAAAGAAUAUCUGGAGUUAGAACAAUUUUCAUUUGACGAUUGUGUGAGUUGUGAUCAAGUGGAACGUGUUAUUUCCUCUAUGUCAUCAAAUAGAGCUCCUGGAAUCGACAAAAUUCACAUGUAUGUUAUCAAAGAUUGCCUACCAUUUAUACUGCCAUCAGUCACUUCAGUUGUUAAUGCCACAUUCAAAUCAUCUCAGUUUACGAUCCACUGGAAAAAAGCUAAAGUUGUUCCUAUUUUAAAGGAAGGUGACCCAGAAAUUCCAAGUAAUAAUCGGCCUAUCUCGCUUUUGCCAAUGCUAUCUAAAGUUUGCGAGAGGGUCGCCCAUUACCAACUCAACUCAUAUUUGUCGAUUAAUCAACGACUGAGCUCUAAACAAAUGGGGAAUACGAAAUGGGACUCAACUGAAACUUCUGUUAUCCUUACAACUGAUUCCAUAAUGGAAGGUAUUGACAGAAAGAGACUUUCUGCAAUUGUUCUACUCGAUUUCAGUAAAGCCUUUGAUUCCAUCAACCACAGUGUUCUUAUGGCAUAG